AUGAAACUCACCAAUCUAUCUUUAGCCGCUUUGGCCAUAUUAAUUUCUGUAUCCAAUGCAGCACCUGCCUUUUCAAGUUGCGAGAUUGAAGGACACCAUAAGCACAAGCGCAAUAUACAGUACGCUUACGUUACAGUGACUGUUGACCAAAAUGGUGAUCAAAUAAGCUCUAGUGCCAGCAGCAGUCUUGAAGCAGAGGCAACAUCGCUCGAUACUAGUGAAACUGAGACCGAUAGUUCAACGACAACUUCUACCUCUGAACCGACAUCUGGGUCUGGAGAUUCACAAUCUUACCCAACUGGCGAUUUGAAGGCAUAUGAAGACCCAACUGAGAAGUUCGAAGAUGGAAAGUAUUCUUGCUCAGAUUUUCCUUCUGGUCAAGGAGUGAUUAGUUUGGAUCAUUUGGGUUUUGGUGGCUGGUCAGGUAUAGAAAAUUCAGAUGGGUCGACAGGAGGAACUUGUAAGGAAGGCUCAUACUGCUCAUAUGCCUGUCAAUCAGGUAUGUCUAAAACACAAUGGCCAAGCGACCAACCAGAAAGUGGCGUCUCUAUAGGGGGAUUAUUAUGUAAAAAUGGUAAGUUAUACAAGUCAAGCAAAAGUACUGGUUAUCUUUGUGAGUGGGGAGUAAAUUCUGCCAGCGUCGUCAGCGAACUCUCAAAGUCCGUUGCCAUUUGCCGUACAGACUAUCCGGGGACUGAAAAUAUGGUUAUACCAACUGUAGUUAAUGGAGGUGAAUCGUCGACAAUAACGGUGGUGGACCUGGACUCAUACUAUAAAUGGCAAGGAAAGUCAACCUCUGCUCAGUAUUACGUUAACAAUGCUGGCGUUGAUUGGACUGAAGGAUGUGUAUGGGGUACUGCAGGAUCUAAUAUUGGUAACUGGGCUCCUUUAAACUUCGGUACAGGAAGUUCGAGUAAUGUUUCUUAUUUAUCUUUAAUACCUAAUCCUAAUAAUCGGGACUCGCUAAACUUCAAGGUAAAAAUUGAAGCUGUGGGUGAUGCUACAGUGAGUGGAUCAUGUGAAUAUGCAAAUGGCAAGUUUAAUGGCGAUGGAACUGAUGGCUGCACUGUUGGAGUAACCUCAGGUCAAGCCAAAUUCGUUCUUUACAAUUGA